UCAUUUCCCAGAAUUCACGGCGCUGUCGCAUUUUGACGCAUGCGCGUCACGGCAGAGUCCAGGGCCGGGUAUCAUGGCGACGUACGUGGACAUUCUGAAGAGCGAGUUCCCCGAGAUCGACUGCGAGGUGUUCGACUACAUCACAGGUGUUCUGGACAGUGGUGGAGCAGAUUUUGAGGAUGGCGAGGAGGUCUACGACGCCAUUGGAGGAGUCCUGCAGGGAGUGUCAGCUGACAGUAAAAACGAGGACGACGUCAGAGACAUCUGUCUGCAGAUGUUUAACACCCUCAAACUGAAUAACCAUCACAGCUCUCAGAGGCAGGUGUUGUUGGACGCUCCGGUGCAGCUCUCUCAGAUCUCUGCAGAUAAUGUCACUGCAGCAGAAGACAUUCAGGGCAUCUGGGUGAUGAAACGCUCUCAGAACACUACGGUGGAUGCAAAGAAACUGGAGAAGGCCGAGGCGAAGCUGAAAGCCAAACACGAACGCAGGAACGAGAAGGACUCCCAGAAGUCCUCCAGUCCACUGGUCCUCGAGGAGGCGUCGGCCAGUCAGGCGAGCAGUAAGAAGGACAAUCGGGUCGACCAAUCAGGGAAGAACCGCAGCUAUGACAUCCGCAUCGAGAACUUUGACGUGUCGUUUGGAGAGAGGUGUUUGCUGCAGGGGGCGGAGCUGUCUCUGGCGUCCGGCCGUCGUUACGGUCUGAUUGGUCGGAAUGGUUUGGGGAAGACGACGCUGUUGAAGAUGUUGGCCAGUCGUAACCUCCGCGUCCCGGGUCACAUCUCCAUCCUCCAUGUGGAACAGGAAGUGGCCGGAGACGAGACGUCGGCGCUGCAGAGCGUCCUGGAGAGCGACACGCUGAGGGAGGGGCUGCUGGACGAGGAGAAGAGGCUGAACGCUCGCAUCGCCAACGGAACCGCUGACGGGACGGAGAGCGUUCGACUGUCGGAGAUCUACGGCAAGCUGGAGGAGAUCGAGGCCGACAAGGCGCCAGCACGAGCCUCCGUCAUCCUGGCUGGUCUCGGAUUCUCUCCCAGAAUGCAACAGCAGGCCACCAAGGAGUUUUCUGGAGGAUGGAGGAUGAGGCUGGCGUUAGCCAGAGCGCUGUUCGCCCGGCCAGACCUGCUGCUGCUGGACGAGCCGACCAACAUGUUGGACGUCAGAGCCAUCCUCUGGUUGGAGAACUACCUGCAGACGUGGCAGUCCACCAUCUUGGUUGUCUCCCACGACAGAAACUUCCUGAACGCCGUCGUCACGGACAUCAUCCACCUGCACUCCCAGAGGCUGGACAGUUACCGUGGCGACUACGAGAACUUCAUCAAAACCAAAGAAGACCGGCUGAAGAACCAGCACCGCGAGUACGAGGCCCAGCUGCAGUACAGACAACACAUACAGGUGUUCAUCGACAGAUUUCGGUAUAACGCCAACAGAGCGGCUCAAGUUCAGAGCAAACUCAAACUGCUGGAGAGGCUACCUGAACUGAAGCCCCUUGAGAAAGAAACGGAGGUCACUUUAAGGUUUCCAGAUAACUUUGAGAAGUUGUCUCCUCCGAUCCUUCAGCUGGAUGAAGUGGAGUUUUAUUACUCUGCAGACCUGCAGCUCUUCUCUGGACUCAACCUGUCAGCUGACCUCGAGUCUCGCAUCUGCAUCGUCGGUGAAAACGGCGCCGGUAAAUCGACCAUCCUCAAACUGCUGAUGGGCGAGUUGACGCCGGUCAACGGAGUCAGACAAGCUCACAGGAACCUGAAGAUCGGAUACUUCAGUCAGCACCACGUGGACCAGCUGGACCUGAACGUCUGCUCCGUGGAGCUGCUGCUCAACAGAUUCCCCGGUCGGACGGAGGAGGAGUACCGGCACCAGCUCGGAGGUUACGGCAUCACCGGAGAGCUCGCCACGAGGCCGGUCGCCAGUUUGUCAGGAGGACAGAAGAGCCGAGUGGCCUUCGCACAGAUGACCAUGCCAUGUCCAAACUUCUACAUCCUGGACGAGCCGACCAAUCACCUGGACAUGGAGACCAUCGAGGCUCUGGCUAAAGCGCUCAACAAGUUCAAGGGCGGAGUCAUCCUGGUGUCUCACGACGAGCGUCUGAUCCGGUUGGUGUGUAAGGAGCUGUGGGUGUGCGAAGCCGGGAAAGUGCGACGCAUCGAUGGCGGCUUCGACGAGUACCGAGACAUCCUGCACGAGCAGUUCAAGAAGGAGGGUUACCUGUGAGGCCACGCCCCCUCCUGCUCACAUUAACCCCGCCCCUUCCAUUACGACACCUGUCAUAGCAGCCAAUCGGCCGCCAGAGCAGACCGGAGGACGUUUUCUUCUCUGAACUGUCUCACCUUCCUGCUCAGGUGAUGAUCUGCUGCGAGCUGAUUGGUUGUCUGAGUUCACCUGAUGAGGUCACAGUGAACCGAGGAGGAGGAGGAGUCACCGCGAACGAUUUAAUUUAAAGGUCAAACAGCGUCGUUCCAUCGAGUCAUCGCCGAGACUCGACAUCAAACAAACGUUAUAUUUACAUUCAGAGACAAAUAAAAGCAUCAGAUCAUGUGA